GUGAUGCAGACAUGACUUUCAUUGAUGUUUUUGUUGGUUGGCCUGGGUCAGUUCAUGAUGCAAGAGUAUAUAGGAAUUCACCUCUGGAGGAAAAAGUUUCCCUUCUGCCAAUUGAAAGCCAUUUAUUGGGAGAUGGUGCCUACCCACUGACUAAUGGGCUAAUCACACCAUACAGAGACACAGGCAGACUUGCAAGUGAGGAAUUGAAAUUUAACAAAGUGCAAUCUGCAACCAGAAAUAAAAUAGAGUGCACAUUUGGCAUGCUGAAAGGCAAAUGGAGACGUCUUAAAUAUUUAGACAUGCUUGACAUACCAUGCAUGGUGGAUUUAAUUUUUAGCUGUACUGUUAUACACAAUUUUGUUAUUCAAAGAGAAGGUACUCAUCUCGAUGAUGACUUUGAUGAUGAAGACACUCUUCAACCUCCCAAUUUGGAUGUGCCAACACGAUUAGCAUUUCAAAAGAGGGAUAUGUUAAAGAUGUCCAUACAGUAAAUAGUGUCUUGUCCCACGGUUUUAAUAAUAUGUCUAAAAGUUUCCAUAGGUUAAACAGGUCCUUAUGUUUUUUUAUAUCCUUGAAAUGACAGACUUCUGUACCUCAUAAAAGAUUAUCUUCCAACGAGAAAGCAGAUCAUAGAUACUUUUCUUUUGAUUUUUAAAAUACUUAAAACAAUACCAAUGCAAAUAACAGUUUUCCACCCUUUAAAAAAAUUAAAUAUUUGAAAAAAGAUUGAAUGAUUGUUGGUUGUUUUCGGUUAAGUGGCAAAUAUUUCAUGCCUAUUCAGGACGAUCUCAAAAUGAGGAACUGCAUGACAUAUCAAUAUCUUUUUAAAGCUAAAUGCUAAAUGUGUUUCUUAACUUCAAUAUGCUAUUCUGAAUUAAUACAAUAAUUUGUUAAUUCCUAUAAAUUUGAAAAUAACUAUCAUUUAUUUCAUGCAU